UGGAGAUGUUAUUUUUAACUAGCAAUCAACUCACUGGACCAAUACCAGGCUGGAUCAACUCCCUAAGCCAUCUCUUGUACAUGGAUGUGUCAAACAACAAUCUUACAGGUGAAAUCCCGUUAACCUUAAUGGAAAUGCCAAUGCUAAAAUCAAUUGAAAACGCAACUCAUUGGAAGGCAAGGCCAAGGGUCUUUGAGCUGCCUGUUUAUGAUGGUCCAUCACUUCAAUACCGCGUUGUUACAUCUUUUCCGACAGUGUUGAAUCUAAGCAACAACUACUUCACAGGUGUGAUCCCCCCACGGAUUGGUCAGUUGAAAGUGCUUGUUCUACUUGAUUUCAGUUUCAACAAGUUAUCCGGGCAGAUCCCACAAUCGGUUUGCAACCUCACAAACUUGCAGGUGCUAGACUUGUCCAGCAACAAUCUCACAGGUGCUAUCCCAGCUGCAUUGAAUAGCCUGCACUUCCUUUCAGCAUUCAACAUUUCGAACAAUGACCUAGAAGGGCCUAUUCCAUCUGGAGGCCAGUUUAAUACAUUUCAAAAUUCUAGUUUCGAUGGGAAUCCAAAGCUCUGUGGCUCUAUGCUCACUCACAAAUGUCGUCCAGCUUCAACACCUCUAGUUCCAAGAAAACAAGGAAAUAAGGUCAUUUUUGCAGUUGCAUUUGGUGUGUUCUUUGGAGGUAUUGCUUUUCUUUUGUUGCUGGGGCGUCUCCUUGUCUCAGUCAGGAUGAAGGGUUUUACAGCAAAAAGUCGAAGGAAGAAUAACGGAGGCAAUGAGGCAACUUCAUUCUACUCUAGUUCAGAGCAAACACUAGUGGUGAUGCAGAGGCCACAAGGAAAAGGGGAAGAAAACAAGCUCAAAUUCGCCAACAUUGUGAAAGCUACGAACAACUUUGACAAGGAGAACAUCAUUGGAUAUGGAGGUUAUGGAUUAGUCUACAAGGCAGAGCUACCUGAUGGAUCCAAGCUGGCAAUCAAAAAGCUCAAUGGUGAAAUGUUUCUGAUGGAAAGAGAGUUUAGAGCAGAGGUUGAUGCACUCUCCAUGGCACAGCAUGAAAAUCUUGUACCAUUGUGGGGUUACUGCGCAUAGGGAAACUCAAGGCUGCUCAUUUAUUCUUACAUGGAGAAUGGCAGCCUGGAUGAUUGGCUUCAUAACAGGGAUGAUGAUGCCAAUUCCUGUCUUGACUGGCCGACUCGGCUCAAGAUUGCACAAGGAGCGAGCCUGGGCCUUUCUUAUAUCCAUGAUGUCUGCAAGCCUCAGAUUGUCCAUCGUGACAUCAAAUCCAGCAACAUCCUACUGGACAAAGAAUUUAAAGCUUAUGUUGCAGACUUUGGGCUAGCCAGAUUGAUCCUUCCCAACCAAACACAUGUCACAACUGAGUUGGUUGGCACAACGGGUUACAUUCCCCCUGAGUAUGGGCAAGCAUGGGUUGCUACGUUAAGAGGUGAUAUGUACAGUUUCGGGGUAGUCCUGCUUGAGCUGCUCACAGGGAGGCGACCUAUUCCAGUCCUGUCUACGUCAAAAGAACUUGUCCCGUGGGUUCUACAGAUGAGGUCUGAGGAUAAGCAGAUUGAGGUCCUGGAUCCAACACUUAAAGGAACAGGGUAUGAAGAGCAAAUGCUGAAGGUGCUUCAAACUGCUUGCAGGUGUGUCGAUCAUAAUCAAUUCAGGAGGCCAACUAUCAUGGAAGCAGUCUCCUGCCUGGCCAGUAUAAAUGCUGACCUGGACACAUGAAAGUCAACCACGAGUGGAUAAAUUCCACAUGGUAGCUAAUAUUGUACUUUACACAGAGAUUCAACUUUUCCAGCUUCACUAGAAGCACUAGUUCUGAUUAGCCUUACUUUAUUUGUGUACAGUGCCCAACAGAUUCGCAUUUUGAACUUUACAUAUGUUUUUUAGGAAAGUUCUUCUCAGUUCAUCUUCAUUGUGGAUGCUUCUUAAAGUAUUAUGUAUGCUCAAGCUUUACAAGCUUGGGGAAAAUAAUAAACAAGUGAAAUUAUC